AUGCAGUUUAUUUUCUUUGGUCUAUUAUGUCUUAUUUCGAAAUUAGUAAACAAUCCUGAAUGGAAAUCGGAUGGACGCAUACGCUCCCAUGGAUAUCCGGCGGAAAGACAUACGGUUACCACUCAGGAUGGUUACGUGCUGACUCUGUUCCGCAUACCCUACUCCCACAAGCUACAGAAUCAGAAUGCGAAGCGUCCAGCGGUUCUGCUACAGCACGGACUCUUUAGUAAUUCCGACGCUUGGUUGUGCAGUGGACCAGACAACUCGCUGGCCUAUCUAUUGGCCGAUGCCGGCUACGAUGUCUGGCUAGGAAACGCACGCGGCAAUAACUAUUCAAAGAAAAAUAAAAUGGUUUCAGUGAAUAGUCCGAAGUUUUGGCACUUUGACUGGCACGAGAUCGGCACCAUUGAUAUUCCGGCUAUGAUUGAUUAUAUCCUGGAAGAGACAGGCCAGUCACAAGUGCACUACGCUGGUCACUCCCAAGGCACAACCGUCUAUUUGGUCAUGCUUUCAGAGCGUCCGGAAUAUAAUGCCAAGAUCAAGUCCGGCCAUCUCUUGGCGCCCUGUGCUUUCUUUGAGCAUGCUCCUUCUAUGGCUUUCAAAUUGUUUGCGCCGGCCCUGGGUAAUCCCUAUAACGCUUUCAGUAAAGGUUUAGUUGAUAAAGAGUUUUUGCCUUUUACCUUGGGAAUUAGUCCUUUGUUGGAUUUGUUUUGCGGUGAUCGAACCAAGUACUAUAGGAGCUUCACGGACUAUUAUAAAAACUCUAAUAUGAGCUCACUCGCGGUACUAAGAAAAACUCAUUUUGCGGGAAAUUCGAAUAAUCAGGUCCUACAUUACAUGCAACUGUGGAUAUCGAAAAAGUUCCGUCAGUACGAUUGGGGUCUCGAAAAGAACAGAGAACUUUAUGGCCAGGACAUGCCACCGGAUUACGACCUCAGCAAAAUAACUGCUGCCACACACGCCUAUACCGCCCACAACGAUGAUAAGUGUGGACCUCAGGAUGUCGAAACUUUGGUGUCUAGUUUCCCCCAUUUGAUUGAGCAUCAUCGUAUACCAUUGGAGAGUUUCAGUCAUUUAGAUUUUAUUACAGCCAUCAACAUGAAAGAAUUGGUCAAUGAUUUGGUUGUUAAACGUAUAAAUCUUUAUGAAGGUCGAUAAGAAGUUAUCAAUAGAAUUUAAAAAAAAAGAAUUUAAAUCGAUUAGAUUAUAUUUACGAGUAUAUGAAUGUGUAGGGAUUAACCUUUAGCAGACCUGCUUUGGUUUACUUAUCUAAUCGAAUUGUUUAACAUUAAUAGUUGUCUGCCUAUGAAUGCUUAUAAAUAUGCGUAUUCAUGGUAAAUCAAAUUAUACUGCUGUCUUAAGGGGAGUUUUGUAAUGUCGAUGGUACUAUCUAAGUAUAAAUAGUGCCACUAUAAUCAGCUGAAUGGAAUCAUAUUAUCUAGGUAAUGCGUUUCAAUGCAGAAAAGCACUUCUGCUACGCCUCUAUUAGGGCAGUCCCACUUAUAAACUAUUGUGUCUAAUAUAUUAUACAGAGUGAACAAUUUUAAGGAGAUCACUAUAUGCUCAUGAAAUAUAGCUUUCAUUAUUGUACAUGUUCUAAA